AUAUAUUAAAAACAGCUCUAAAGACCUUGAAAAGGGCACCAUCUUGCUCGUAAAUAAUCCAUGGCAUCUUUUCAAGCUUCAAUCGUAUAAGUAGCUCCACUGAGAACAAGACAGGGACAUGCAGACAGGGCUCUCCACCUCCUUUGGACAAGUAGAACAACUCUCUCUUCUUCAGCUCAAAUCAACAUUUCUCUCCAAUCCAACGUCUUAGUCCAAUCUUCUUUCUUGUGCAGUUUCCCAAUGGAAAUUCAUUUCCAGCAAGAAAAGAAGCGUAGAAAAGCAAGCAUGCCAGUUAGCAAAACAAGCAAGUUUAAGGGGAUAAGUAGGCCUAGCAGCAGUAAUAAGUUCGUUGGUGUUAGGCAAAGACCUUCUGGUAGAUGGGUAGCUGAGAUCAAAUAUACAACACAAAAUAUAAGGAUGUGGCUAGGAACCUUUGAGACAGCUGAAGAAGCUGCUCGAGCUUACGAUGAAGCUGCUUGCCUGCUUCGUGGAUCAAACACUCGAACCAACUUCAUUACUCGUGUAUCCUUGGAUUCUCCUCUUGCUUCCCGGAUUCGAAACCUCCUCAACAACAAAAGGAGAGACAAACAGCAGCAGAGUGAAGAAGAAACUGCUGAAGUCUCUACCCCACCAACUAGUACCAUCAUUACCACAAGCGCUAUCACUACUAGCUGCUGCAGCAGCUGCAGCAGCAUUAGUAGUUGUGGCAUGAGUACUGAUAGUUACUCCAAUUCCAGCUCGGUUCAUGAAACCGAUAUCCUGUUUGAUGAUGCAUAUAAACCAGAUUUGAGCAAUUUGAUUGAGGAAUUCAAGUGGGUUACUUCUCAGUCUGAUCUUUCAUGGGGUUUUGGACCUGUGUUCGAUGGGUUUGCAUUUUCCCAGGAAGUGUUGGAUUUUCCAAAAAGUGUGGUAUCACCCGGGACAAGUGACUUGGAAUUCUCAGAAUUUGAUAAGAUGAAGGUGGAGAGACAGAUAUCAGCAUCUCUAUAUGCAAUGAAUGGGGUGCAAGAGUACAUGGAAACUAUCCAUGAUCCUAUUGAAGCUUUAUGGGAUCUUCCACCACUAUAAUAAUCACCCUGCAGAACUUGUGAUUCUAACGAGCAUAGAAUCUCCCUCUUCUCCUUUCCUUUCCUUUCUUCCCCUAGUUUCUGGUUUCACUUUACCCUUGCUUGUGAAGUUACAGUGACAACAUACCAGCUAGAGAUGAGGUCGAAAUCUUGUUUUUUAAAAUGUUAACAGCAAAUUACAUGGAGAAGGUAAAAAAAUCGUCGAUGAAUACCAAGUCGAAGCAAUCAUGGCGAUUAAAUUAUACCUUUUGUUCCCCAUGGUAACCUCUCUUUUUCAUUGGAGUAGAUACAGAUGUCAUCAAUGUCUGUAGUCAUUGAAAAGCAUGUUUCAACCUCUUAACAGCUCAGACAAAAGCUCUGGGGCCCUACAGCCAACAACUAUCCAAAAAGAGUUGCAGUGUCUUCCAAUAUGUAAUCCUUGGCUACUCAGGCUAUCGUCCACUUUAUCUGUAUACUGAAAUCUUUGAUCAUGUCAUUAGUAAGUUUUUACUUCUCAGCAAAGUUAUGAUUAUUUCGCUCCA